AUGACUCAAAGAUCUUACUGCGCUUCAAAAAAUACAACUAAAAAAACAGUAAUCAAUUUUUUAAGAAAGAAUACAAGAAAUAGGUUUCCAAAUGGUAUACAAAAGAUGAAAGAACAAGGACGUUCUGAUGCGGUGAAAAAAUUAGAAACAGAUAUAUUAUUACAUUCGAGAAUUGAUUAUAAUGAAAAUACAUCAGAAAGUUCACCAAAAUAUUGGAAAGUAGUAUAUAAUGAAAUUAAGAAAAUGAGGGAAACAAUUGCAUCAAAUGCUCCAGUAGAUACUAUGGGAUGUGAUGUAGCAGCAGACAAAGAUGUUGAUACCAGUCGUUUACAAACUCUUAUAAGUCUUAUGCUUUCAAGUCAAACAAAAGAUACAGCAAAUUAUAUUGCAAUGAAAACAUUAAAACAAAAACUUCCUGGUGGAUUAACAUUAAAAAGCUUAAUAGAAGUUGAUGAAAAUCUACUUAAUGAUUAUAUUAGACCUGUUGGUUUUCACAAUAGAAAAACGAAAUAUAUUAAAGAAACUGUUAAAAUUCUUGAAAAAGAUUAUAAUGGAGAUAUUCCAUCAACUAUUGAAGAUCUUGUUGCUCUUCCUGGAGUAGGUCUUAAAAUGGCACAUCUUUGUCUUUCUUCUGCUUGGAAUAAAACUGAAGGGAUUGGUGUAGAUGUUCAUGUACAUAGAAUAUCAAAUUUGCUCGGAUGGGUAAAUACAAAGACCCCGGAACAAACACGAUUAAAGCUUGAAUCAUGGUUGCCAAAAAAAUAUUGGAAAGAAAUUAAUCAUUUAUUUGUUGGUUUUGGACAAACUAUAUGUUUACCACGUGGGAGAAAAUGUUCACAAUGUACACUAAGUUCUCAAAAUUUGUGUCCAAGCUCAAUAAAAGAAAAAAAUAUUUUAUCUAAAAAUCUAUAUGAAAAGGAUACAGAAAAUAUGAAUAAUACUUCAAAUCUAGAGAAUAUAAUAAAUAAAUAUAAAAUUAUAGAUGUCGAAGACCUAGCUUGAUAUAUCGAUAUUAAAUUGUAAAUUUUCUUAAUUUACAUUUUAUAUCAUGAAAAAUCUUUAAAAUAUUUCAGAAAUUUAUAAAGACAAGUCAAUCAUUAUUUCCAUCAAAAUUUAAAUAAUCUGCAUUUUCACAAGCUUCAUAUUCAUUUAUCUAAAUAAAAUUAGAAACAUACUGAAAUUUGAAUUUUUUACCAAAUCUUUUACUACUUGUCUAAAUAACAUCAGUAUAUUGGAUGACAAAUAUUAUUUUGUAUUUUAGAUGGCUUACCUAGAAUCAUCAAAUUCUUCAAGACCAUCUUCAAACAUUGGUUCUUUGCGAUAUUGCUCAAUAUAUGCAUUUCUUUUGCGUAAACGAUCAUAUUGAUCUAAGAUACGCUUGAAUAACUAAGCAUGUCAAAAAGAAUCAAAUAUAAUUAUUGAAAAAAAGAUACAGAAGCAAUGCUUGUAUGAUUAGCUAACAUCAAUCCGCUUACUUUAUGAGAAGUUUGAAUGUAUGGAGAUUUCUUCGAUAAUGCCACUUGAAUACUUGCUGGUCCCCAGGGUAUAAACGUAGCAAGCUUUCUUUCUCUAAUUCUUAAAAGGGAUUUAUGAACCUUAUUAUAUUUAGAAAAGAAAAUAUAGAUAAAAAAAUACAUCAGUUGGAUCUGCCUCUCCUUGUAUAAUAUUUAAAAUAGAAAUAAAACAACUCUUUUUGCUAGGAUUUACAGAUACGUGUCUGUUUUUUGGUUGAAGUAAUCUUCUCAUAACAUCAAGAACAGUAGUUUUUCUUACGGUUUUUGCCUAAAAACCAAUAAAACAAAAAUAACAAUUAUAAAUAAUUACUUGUUCGACAUAAUCACCCAUGAAUGGUGUAUAUGAUGUCAUGAGAAAGUGACACCGUGGAGUAGGAAUAAGAGAUGCAAUAAUUGACACAAGAUCAUUAUGCAUAUAUCCUGGAUAUCUUAAAGUUGCUGUGCUAGCUGACAUCACUGUAGAUACCUAGUUUCUAUUAAUUAUUGCACUACCAAUAAAUUAAUAAAUAUAUACAAGUUGAUUUGUUUGAGAAAAUGACGCAUGCUGCACAUGUAAACGAUCUGCUACAAUUCUCAUUAGAGCUGCAUUAUCUAAAACUGCCUAAACAAUUAAGAAGGUUGAAUAAUCUCUUAAAAUAAGAUUUUACAACUGAAUCUGCAUUUUGCGAUAAACGUUUCAUAGAUAAUAAGCUAUUAUAAGGUUGUACAACAACAUCUGAUGUUUGUUGAUUAACUGGAAAAACUGAAUAUGUCUGAAUAAGCUUCUUAGGAAACCGAUCAUUUAAUCUUUCUAAUAAAAAUGAUCCAAGACCUGAACCUGUACCUCCAGCGAUAGAAUGUAAUAAUUGAAAUCCCUAAUAUAAAAACACUUAAUAAUUCUAUAAAGAAAAAACAAGAAAACAAACUUCUAGAGAAUCACUUCCAUCUGCUUCUCUAUCAAUCAUAUCCAUAACGUCUUCAAAAAUCUUUUCUGCUGAAGAAUAUCCUGUAGCCCAAUUGUUCCCUGCUCCUCCUCCUUCUUUUGAAAGAUAUACAUUUUCCGGAUUAUAUAAUUUUGAAAAUGCGCCUGAAAGAAUACUAUUUAUAACCUUUUAUACUUAUCAAUUUUUCUUUUAACUUUUUAAUUUAUAUAAAAAUAACCUUUGGUUCUAAAUCUACAAGAAUUGCACGAGGAACAUAACGAGUAUCAUCUGAUUGAUAAAAAAACA